AUGACUCAAUCCAUCACCUAUACCGUCUACGCGGGUAUCUUUGCGACAUUCAUUCCAUCGUCAAUAGUACUCGGCCUACGGUUUUACGCGAGAAAAUUAAAACAUGUUCCGCUAUGGUGGGACGAUUAUUUAGCCGUGCUGGCGCUGGCGUCGGCACUUGCCUACGACAUAGCCGCAUUCUUUUUGAUAACAAAGGGCCUCGGCCGACAUCUUGAAGACCUCUCCAUAUCUCCCGACGAAGCACGCUACUACCAAGCAUUGGCACUUAUGAUUCAUGAGCACACGUAUACUCUGGCUAUAACAGCUGCGCAGCUAUCCUUGCUGGCGCUAUUCUAUCGAGUAUUCAAAUCAGUUACAUGGGCAAAAAUAACUAUAUACACCCUGGCCACGUUUUUGUUCAUCGCCGUGUUCCAGUGUUUCCCGCCCAACUUUCUAUGGGACAAGUCCAUUGAGGGGAGUUGUACCAUUGAUCCGGCCCAGUUCUUCCUCUGGUCCGUUUCGGCACAUCUUGUUAUCGAUGUUGCGCUGAUGGUGUUGCCGGCAACGCAAAUUAGUAGAUUGUUUCUGCCCUGGCCGCAAAAAUUGGCCAUCGCUGCCAUGUUCAUGUUUGGCGUUGCUGUUGUCAUUGCUGCCAGCAUGACGCUGGCCGCUUCGUCAAGAUACGACUCGUACGCCGACGACGUGUUGUGGAACUGCACACCCGCCUUGGUUUGGUCCGCGGUAGAGAUUCACCUCAGCGUGAUGGCAUGCUGCCUCCCCGUGAUGAGACCAGUUAUCCACGCUCUUGGAGGCUGGUGGGGACACAACUUCUCCUCUCGCAAAGAAGCCAGCGCGCCGACGUACAACACUGUCAAACUCGGCCACGUCCAUCGCUCAGCGGGCGUCACAUAUGGGAACGAGUCGACCUGCAACUUCGCCAAUGGGUCAGAAAGCAGCCAGACGGCCGGGGUGACGGAUUCGGGACGAAUAUUCGGACAGGGAGAAGGAUCCGACACCGUCAUAAUAAGCACGGGCAAGGACAAAGAGAAGCUGUCGUCAUCCACGUCGACGGGGAGCGCGGAUGGAGCGAUAAUGGUGCAGUACGAAAUCGACUUGAGUUUCUCUAGACAAGGUUCCCAUGGCCAAUGGAGAGGAGAAUGA